AUGUCUCUUUCCAAGAAUCCUAUUUCUGCAGAACUCAUCGAGAUCCUGAAGUCUCAAGUCAAGUCAUCUGAGGUUCUGACACCCUCGUCUGCGGGGUAUUCAAAAGCAAUAGCCCGUUGGUCUAAUGCGGCAGUCAAACCCGCGGGUGCUGUUCUGCUUGCUACCAAUGCAGAGGAUGUUAGUGCUGCUGUCAAGUUCGCGCAGCAGUACAAACUGGAUCUGGCGGUAAAAGGCGGAGGGCAUUCUGUAUCAGGAACAAGCUCGUCUGAUGGUGGGCUCGUAAUUGACUUGUCUCGUAUGCGGCAUGUUGAGGUUGAUGCGGAGUGCAGAACGAUCACCGCACAGGGAGGUUGCCUCUGGGUUGAUGUUGAUGAAGCCGGUGGUCAACAUGGUCUAGCUACUGUUGGGGGCACUGUCAACCAUACUGGAAUUGGUGGCCUUACCCUCGGCGGAGGGUACGGAUGGCUGUCGUCAAAGUACGGGCUGGUCAUUGAUAAUGUUCUUUCGGUCACAAUGGUCUUAGCAGAUGGGCGAAUUGUCAAAACAUCAGCUACAGAGGAGCCAGACUUGUUCUGGGCAGUACGUGGUGCUGGUCACAACUUUGGUGUUGCCGUUGAAUUUGUCUACCAGGCUUAUGAGCAGGCGGACCCGGUGUUUUCUGGAUUUUUGAUCUUUCCACAGGAAAAGCUCGAAGCCAUUGUCGACACACUUAAUCGGGGAAUGCAACAUCCCCAACCAGAUUCAUCCACCAUGUGCAUAUUCGGGACGCAUCCUGGUACUGCUGAACCCAUGGUGGCAACGUGUAUUUUCCAUCGUGGCACCGAAGAGGAGGGCAGAGAAGCGUUCAAAGACCUAUAUGCCAUUGGUCCAGUCAUGGAUGGUGCUAAUAUGAUCCCCUAUUCUACCGUUAAUGCUCAGGUUAACGAAAUGGCCAAACACGGGGCAAGACGAAACAUCCAGGGUCUCUACUUCUCUCCGCCCUUGAGGCCGGCCUUUGCACGCAGUGUUAUGGACAAGUAUGCAGAGAAAAUGGCAGCAGACCCAGACAUGAUGGGAACGGCUGUUAUUUUCGAAUAUUUUGACAUGAGAAAAUGCACAGAAGUACCUAUAGAGUCGACUUCUUGUGCUAACCGGGGAGCGACCCUCAACGGGCUGCUGACCAGUAGGUGGAAUGAUAAAAACAACGACUCGGCGAACCGUCAAUGGGGAAGGGAUAUGCAACAAAUGUUUGUGAAAGAGAUGGAGCAAAGCACCUCAGCUGGAUCCACGAACGAGGUACCUCAGUACAUUAACUAUUCCGAAUCUAGCAACAUGUCCUUUCAAAAGAUGCAUGGCAUCCACGCUGGUAGACUGCAAAAGCUGAAGGGGGAAUAUGAUCCCACAGGGAUGUUUGGCAAAAUGUGUCCCAUCAUGCCUACCAAUUGA